ACGAAUUGGCGAUAAGUUCGUGUGUCCGUGUGCCUCGAACCGCUAAGCUCUGUGUGUGCGCUGUGCGUUUUGCUUCUUUUUAGUUUUAUUUUUCUCCCAAAAAAAAAAACAACAAAAUCAUUUCUGAAAUUAUCAGAGAGAUUGUCCAUCAAAAAAGAAAGAGUCCGUGUUUUGUGUGCAGUAAGUGUGUUUCAAAAAAAAGAAGAAAUUCUACGAAUAAAAAAAGCGAAAUAAUUAAGUCAUCGGUUUGACGUGUGUACGAUAGAGCGAGAAAGAGAGAUUAAUUCAUCAUUUUAUUGUUGGAAUAGAAUAAGUGACCGUGUACACACAUUCCAGUCCGACGAGAGAACGAAAUUGUUUAAAUUUGAAACGAUAGAAAAAUUCGUGCAUCAUGUUAAUCAAAGAAUAUCGUGUAACUUUGCCAAUAACCGUUGAAGAGUAUCAAGUAGCUCAAUUGUUUUCGGUGGCAGAGGUGUCGAAAAAUGAAACUGGCGGCGGUGAAGGCAUCGAAGUAUUAAAAAACGAACCAUUCAAAGAUCAUCCACUUCUCAAUGGCAAAUACUGUUCGGGACAAUACACUUAUAAAAUAUACCAUUUGGCAUCCAAAGUGCCCGGAUACAUUCGCCUAUUGGCACCAAAAGGUUCAUUAGAAAUACAUGAAGAGGCAUGGAAUGCAUACCCAUACUGUCGAACAGUCAUAACCAAUCCGGGAUAUAUGAAAGAAAAUUUUGUUAUUUGUAUUGAAUCGUUACACAUCGCUGAUGUUGGCAAUCAAACGAAUGUGCACGAGUUACCUGCUGACAAGCUGAAAAACCGAGAAGUUGUUCCAAUUGAUAUUGCCAACGAUACAGUUGCUACAAGUGACUACAAACCAGACGAAGAUCCAGCCAAGUUUAAAUCAGAGAAGACUGGUCGUGGACCAUUGGUUGGACCCGACUGGAAGAAAAAUGUAACGCCUGUGAUGACAUGCUACAAAUUGGUCACUUGUGAAUUCAAAUGGUUCGGUUUGCAGUCGCGAGUAGAGAAUUUUAUUCAAAAAACUGAACGGAGGCUAUUUACGGUAUUUCAUCGUCAACUGUUCUGUUGGAUAGACCGUUGGUAUGGUUUGACCAUGGAGGAUAUUCGUGCUCUGGAAGAAAAAACCAAAGAGGAAUUGGAUCAAAAGCGUCAAGUUGGUGAAGUGCGUGGAAUGCGUGCCGAAAAUGACUAAGCAACCAUCCCUCUCGCCCGUAUUCACAAUUUGUCUGAUGUGUGUUUGUUCCAGCAGCGAGCAAAACUCCAACCAACAAAAUCAACAUCAUUGAAAAUUUAAAACAAAUAAAUUGCAAAUUCUAUAAAUAAUUUAAAGUUGAUGAAACAAAAAAAAAUGAAAGAAAGAAAGAAACCAUUGAAGUAAAAAAUGCAAUUCAAAUAUGAAUUGUGGAAAAUAAAACGAAAUGGAACCGAAAAUUUGUUGUAAAUUAUAAAUUAAAGAUAGUCAUUUCGAAGAAGUCUUAAAAAUUUAGGUUUGGUGUGAGAACACACACACACAUAUGAAAACAGCUAAUACAGACAAAACCCAACAAAAAAAAACAACACUUUGGCAAUAAAACUCUUAAGCAGACAACUAAAAAUUCUUGUUAAAUAAAAAAAAAACCAAACGCUAGUGAGAUAGAGGAAAAAUCAAUUAAUAUAUAUGCAAACAAAAAAAUAGGAAGAAACUGAGGUUAAGGGAAUAAAACGAUUUUUAUCAUCGAUCUCGCAUCGAACUGGGCAGAAGACAGCUUGUAGUUCGAUGUCGGCUGGUAUUAUUAAGUUCAAUAGAAUAAACAUGUCCCGUUUGGACACUCAACAAUUGUA